AUGAUAAAACUAAUAAAACUAAUCGUCGAUCAUCUCAAUGUUGAUGAAGAAAUUUUGUUAUUAUUAUUAUUGGGUCAAACAUCAACAUUAAAUGAAGCUGUACUUGAUUGGCAACCUGAACAUGAAGGUCAAAGAGAACGUAGUCAUGAAGCUGCUUAUAAUAUUCUUGCUCUUCUAUCUAUAUUUCUUUCUCGUAAACAAGCAUUUCAUAUUAUUGCUGAUUCUUACGAACAAGCACUUCGUUUUUCAUUUGAACAUUUUCAAACAUGGUUUAAUUAUGGAUUAUCAUUAAUAUCAUCAGGUCAAUCAUUUCGUGCUUAUCUUAUAUUAAAACAAUGUUUAAGAAUGCAACCAAAAAAUCUUCAAGUUUAUUUACAACUUGCUAAAAUAAUUCUUGAAUAUAUAUAUGAUGUAGAUUUAAUUGAAUUAUUUAUUGAUCUUAUUGAUGAAGCAAUUAAUUAUUGUCAACAAGCAAAAGAACUUGAAAAUCCUCCAUUUGCUCGUUCACUUCUUCUUGCUAUUGCCAAAUCAUUUAAAGCUCGACAAACAUCAAUUCAUCAUGAUCGUCAAGCACUUUUUCAAUCAGCUAUUAAUGAUCUUCGAGAAUCUAUUGAACUUGAUCCAUAUGAUUCAAUAUCACAUUUUCAUCUUGCUCAUAAUUUAUCUUUUCUAAAUCAAGUUCUUUCAUUCAUUCUUUCUUUUUAG